AUGAGUGACUCACCACAAUCACCACCAUCUGACUUACAGUCAAUGAUUAACUCGGUGGUGGCCACCUCAGUGGAAAAGGCUAUUGCCAAACUACUGGUGCAGAUCCCAAAAACAGACACGGUCACCGAAACAACCACAGAAACGAAAGAACCUGCCUUCCCCAGAGAAGCCCCCAAAAUAAAGCGGCAAUGGAAAGGCGCCGGCUCAGGCACCCAAAAACCAAAACUCAGUUGAAAAGGAGCCGUCAGGCAGAAAGACGGGAACCAUCCCUCCACACACCCCGUCCUCGGAGGACGAUGACCACAACCCUCCGCCAUCACUCGAAAUUAUGGACGAGUGGAAAAGUGAGGGCAAGGUUGCGAGCAGAAUGCCCAAGACCCAUACUGCCGGACAAAUUUGCACAGACCCCAGAAUUCGACACUACCGUGUUACUGUUCAUGUCCCUCACGGGCCGUGAAAGGUAUAGAGAAGGGCCUGAAGGAAUCUCAGGAAAAGCUCCUCGACAUACUAGGCCCUCUGGCCAAGAUACUAUACCUGGCUGACUUAGCCCUCUCCCAGGGCGCCGCAUUAGACGCCAAUUUUAUACGAGAAUGGGUGCAACGGGCUAUCUGUAUACUGGGCAACACUAACGCGGCAAUGUGAGCAGAACGCCGCAAGGCAGCGUUGCUGAAAUGGACCCCAAACUAAUGGAGCUGGGAAAGAAAGAGAUGGGACCACUGGCGAACGGCCAACUCUUCGGGGACUCAUUUAUAAAAGAGCUAAAAAAGCAUGUGAACCUAUUCACUACACUGAAUAAGGCACAGACAUCCAUCAAACAAGUAUUUCGCAACACCACACCACACCGUGGGGUUUUUGGCAGGGCUGGUCGCCAAAGGGGUCGAGCCACCAGCCGAUUCUGGCCCACAGGCCCCAGAAAACAAACGCCUCAAGUGUUCUUCCGAUCUUCAAGAACCAACUUCCCACAAGGGUCAUCCCGUCCCAGAGGUAUCCGCACCCGCGGACGCGGACGCUUUAAUGCAGGUGAGCACUCCAAACGUGAUGUUUUCACACUCUCAUAUGACUGCAGGCAGACUGUCUCUCUUUUCACAGGAAUGGGGAAAGAUAUCCUCGGACAACUGGGUCCUACAAACAGUAGCGGGCUACGAGAUUGAGUUUUCAGACACCCCAGUGCAGAACCGUCGCCCACCACCAAUAAGAGCGUCGGCAUUGUACACCGAACUCAUAGACAACGAGAUCCAGGCCCUGUUCGACAAAGGGGCGGUAGAGAUUGCCCCGGACGAUACGGGCAUCUUCAGCAACAUCUUCGUGGUCCAAAAGAAGACAGGAGACUACAGACCGGUCAUCAACCUACGACAACUGAACGGAUUUGCUAACUACCGACAUUUCAAAAUGGAAGGAAUCCACCUCCUCAGAGACCUAUUCUUAAAACACGACUGGUUCACUCGGCUAGACCUAAGAGACGCCUAUCUAUCGGUACCGAUAGCCAACGUCAGUCGACCUUUCCUCCGUUUCACCUGGAAAAGAAUUACUUGCCAAUUCACUUGUCUCCCAUUCGGCCUCAGCUCAGCACACUGGUACUUCACAAAACUCAUGAAGCCGGUGAUGGCACACCUGAGGGGAAAGGGCAUCCGUUUCCUAAUAUACCUGGAUGAUAUUCUGAUAUUCUGCGAGACUGCAUCCAGGCUUCGAUCUCAAAUGAAAUUCAUAGUGCAAUUACUGGAAUUGUUGGGAUUCAUCAUGAACAGAGAAAAAUCAUCACUCUACCCAGCCAGGGUUGUACAAUUUCUGGGGUUCAAAAUAAACUCGAGAACGUGCACUCUGCGACUGCCCAUGACAAAGAUUGCGACAAUACGGAAAGAAAUACGCCGGGUACUCCGAAAAGACUCAAUACCACUACGCCUUCUGGCCAGAAUGGUAGGCCUAUUAUCAUCUUCCAUACAAGCGAUCUUCCCGGGACCAAUCCAUUAUCGGGCCAUGCAACGGGCAAAGGCCCACCAUUUAAGACAGGGCAGUACAUACGACCAUUGGAUUCCAGUGUCAGAAGAAAUGCGGACGGAACUCCGUUGGUGGCUCCUCCACAUGGAGGCCUGGAACGGCAGAGCCAUAUUCGGACCAAACCCAGACUUUGUUCUAGAAUCGGACACCAACCUAUGGGGCUGGAGAGCCCACUGCACGCAGGCAUCCACGGGAGGCCCGUGGUCAGAGGAAGAAAAACUCCUACACAUCAAUUGCCUGGAAUUCAUAGCGGGCUCCAUUGCGAUACGCAGUUUGGCCAAACACAUGUCUAACUGCUGCAUACUCUUAUGCAUGGACAACAUAUCAGCAGUCCAGUACAUAAACCAUCUAGGCAGAGCCAGGUCACGAGCCCUAACAGAAGCGACGAGGGUCGUCUAUCUGUUUUGCCUUCCUCGUAACAUGAGGAUCAGGGCAGAAUACCUACCUGGAGUCAGCAAUCUCACGGCAGAGUGGUUCUCUCGACAUUGGAGAGACAGCAGCGAUUGGCACCUAGACACCGCCAUCUUCAACAGGGUGAGAACGGUAGACCUCUUCACGGACGAACACACAACUACCAACUACACAACUUACAGUUGGCUCCCGGACCCACAGAGCGAAGUGGUGGACACGUUCUUACAACAAUGGCCAUCGAAAGGUGCGUACGCAUUCGCGCCAUUCUCAAUGCUGGCAAGAGUCCCUCAUUACCUACGCGGAUCAAGGACAUCGUUGAUACUGAUCGCACCAUUGUGGAAGAGCCAAGCCUGGUUCCCAGACCUACUAGACCAUCUAGUCUUACCAGUGUUCCCACUCCUCCUUACGAACCCGGAAGUGGAACCUCACCUACUAAUAACAGAGGAACGGCUAGAAUCAGUGGCCUGGAGUCUUUCCGGGGAUCCUGGAACGUCUCAGGCCUAUUGUAGACAACUAGAGUCCUGGGACUCAUGGGCACCUGGCACUACAUGCAGCUACUUAUCAGCAUGGAAUACAUGGAAUCGCUGGUGCAUGGAGAGGGACCUCGAUCCCUUUACAGCACCUAUUUCCUACGUACUAAAUUUUCUGUCCAGUCUAUUCUCCGAAGGCAGAGCAUACCGUUCUAUUAAUGUUACUCGAUCCGCCAUCUCGGCAGCUCACACCCCGAUAAACGGAACACCAGUGGGUCAGAAGGCUUUGAUAUGCCGUCUACUUCGGGGCAUCAGACUGUCCAGACCCCCGGACGGUUUUACUAUAACACCAGAAGGAGUUACAUUCAUUGUGUCUCGCAGGACCAAAACGGACUCUACAUCCGUGUCCUACCCCUUUUUUCCGACGGUUCCUCAUUUAUGCGUCGUGAACGCACUUCUACGGUAUGUAGAAGUAACUGAUUCUCUCCGGUUUUUUAGAUCGGGUCAGCUACUGGUAUCAUAUACCAAGCCAUACAAACCUGUUCUAUACACCAAAACUGCUUCAUUAAGCUAAAGUUGUUCAGGUGACUAUAGUGUCCCUUUAAAAUUAAGAUUAUAGGUACACUACGUUAGCAUAAUCUACAAUUCCUCCACAACAUGUGAGAGACUGAUAAAGUCAUACAGAGUACAUUACUUUAAGUUAUUGCUGCUAAAUGUGGUUCUACAAACUAUUGAAUCGUGAGGUGUAAUCAGUAAUACAUGGCUUCUCCAUUUUCUUUAAUUAUUUUGUUUUAAAUAAAUCAUUAAACAGUGUAAUAUGUCAUGUGUUAUUGUUACUCUGAGAUUGUAUUUACCUAAUUUUAAGACCUGCUAUGAACAGAUGAUUGUUAUUAUCUCCUGACAUGUAACACCAUAGAAUUCAAAGAGGGUGUACUUUUUAUACCAUUACUGUCGUUGUUUCCAAGCCGCUAGCCACAAAAUCUUAAUUAUAAUAUAUGGAAAUAUCAAUCAUGGAAGAUGUUAGUCAUUUAUAAAGAACAUCAAAGGGAUAUAGAGUUUAGAAGCUGAUAAUAAAUCAGGGUUGGUAGCACGAAAAAUGUUUAUAAAACAUUUAUAGAUGAAUACAAAUACAAAGAAACAAGUCCUGCGCUCAAACUCCCAUCACUCCUGGGUGGCAGCAAUGACCAUAGUACACACCAUCCCCAAUACAUUUAGUAAAAACCAAAGAAAAAGAGUUACCUGCGCUCUUUUCACAUACCUAUGUAUCUUUAAACAAAUGGAGGUUUUUAGUUACAUCCAAUGGCCAUUAGAGGAUAUGCCAACCUGUUUUCAGAUGUGACAGCAGAUUGUGUUUACUUUUGAAGUUUUUUUUUUUUUUUUUAUCUCCUGCUCUGCUAAUUCACCAUUAAUCAGACACAGGAGGUGCCUGUAGCCUCUAGCAUCCUAUUAACAGAGCGGGAGAUAGGAAAUUCUAAAUGAAACAGGCUGUGCAGUACAUUAUAAUAAUAUUUGAGCAUUAGACCUCUCUUUACAGUUAAAGGACCACUAUAGUGCCAGGAAAACAUACUCGUUAAACUUACCUCUUUCUCCAGCGCCGGGCGGGGAGCUCUCCUCCUCCUCUCCUGAAUGCGCAUGCAUUCACAAUGCUUUCCUAUGGACGCUGGCGUUUUCUCACUGUGAAAAUCACAGUGAGAAGCACGCAAGCGCCUCUAGUUGCUGUCAAUGAGACAGCCACUAGAGGCUGGAUUAAAGGACCACUAUAGGCACCCAGACCACUUCAGCUUAAUGAAGUGGUCUGGGUGCCAGGUCCAGAUAGGAUUAACCCUUUUUUUUUUUAUAAACAUAGCAGUUUCAGAGAGCCUCUAGUGGCUGUCUCACUGACAGCCGCUAGAGGCGCUUGCUUGCUUCUCACUGUGAAAAUCACAGUGAGAAGACACCAGCGUCCAUAGGAAAGCAUUAUGAAUGCUUUCCUAUGAGACUGGCUGCAUGCGCGUACGGCUCCUGCCGCGCAUGCGCAUUCAGCCGAUGAUGUCGCUAGGAAGAAGGAGAGGAGGAGGAAAGCUCCCCGCCCGGCGCUGGAGAAAGGUAAGUGUUUAACCCCUUCCUCUCCCCAGAGCCCAGUGGGAGGGGGACCCUGAGGGUUGGGGCACCCUCAGGGCACUAUAGUGGUCCUUUAACCCGAAUGUAAACAUAGCAGUUUGUUUAUAGAAAAAAAGGGUUAACCCUAGCUGGACCUGGCACCCAGACCACUUCAUUAAGCUGAAGUGGUCUGGGUGCCUAUAGUGGUCCUUUAAUGUGUAGGGAGACUGUAUUGGUCACAUGCAGGAAGGUGUGACUAAGACUGCAUGAACAAAAUGACUUAAAUUGACUGGAGUGCUGCCGUGCAGGGGUGCCGCUUAUUGGCUGUCGGCAGUCUGCAGACCCUCUCAUCCAAUCAGUGACUCUCCAUUCACUAAACUGGCCUGGAAUGAAAUGUACCUUUUUCAAGCCAAUUUAAUGAAUGGGAAGUAGUCGUUUCUAGCCUGAGAGGAUCAGCCACCCACGCUCAGCCAAUCAGGGGUGCCCGUGCUCGGCAGCGGUCUGCGCUUUCUAAAUCUGAAGAUUCCGAAGUCGAUUACCCUGGGGGAGGGGUAGUUGAGACUGGCGCUGUAGAGCAAAAAAUGGGUCACAAGAGUAUCCUGAGAACGGACAGCAGCUAAAAUAGCCUGCCCUUUGGUGGGUCCCCGCUCAGAACUCAAGCUGGUUUUAGCUCAACUUGUGCCAUUACAGAGAGAACAUAUCUGAAGCAUAUCAGACUGGUCCCACCCAUACGGGCAGUCCAGAUCCGAAAUGCCAGCAAGUUCUCUCUGCACGAGAGAUACAGCAACCCCAGACGAUCGUUUCAGCCUUGUUAGGCAUCGUCAGUGAGGCAUAGCUGAUAUCUCUCUAGGCACCGUGAGCAAGGGGUCCACGUCUGGAUUACCCUUUAAACUAAUGGAGAGCAAAAAAUGGGUCGCAAGAGUAUCCCGAGAACGGACAGCAGCUAAAAUAGCCUGCCCUUCGGUGGGUCCCCGCUCAGAACUCAGGCGCUGUAGGCAACUUUGGGGUUAAACCUUUACAGAAUGGUUUAACCCCUUGAAGUAAGGGUGCCUCCUGGCACCAUAACAACUUAUUUAAUUUAGAUAAAGUUGUUUUAGUGCCUAGAGUGUCCCUUUAACUGCAGUAAAACAUAAUGUUAAUAGAUAUUAUACAAGGCAGCUUGGUACCCACUCACUGCUUAUUUAACAGAACCUGUAGGAUAUAAAGAAACCUGGCAGGCUGACCAGCUGUAGAAUAUACUGGAGCUUCCAUAAUAAAAGUAAUAUUGUUAUACCAUUACAGUGUACAGGUAGCUAUUGCUCCUCUAUAAUAGCUGCUCACUCACCCAGUGAUCCCCCCCACUACCACCACAACAACUCUGGAGGUGACAGGACCUCGGAGUAACCAUAGCAACCAACUGUCCCUUCCGCCCAACUGCUACCGGAACUAAACGUCCGACUGACAGUCGGCUGCGCCAAUGGGAAGACGGGAAGGGCCGGAGACCGUGUGAUUGAUGUUCUAGCUGACCAAUCAGGUAGCUCGGGAGGCGGAAGUCUGUUCCUUAGAGGGUGUUGCUGUGUGGGGAUUAGAGACGGUUUAACGGACAGGAGGUGAUACAGGGAAGGCAGGAAUCCCAGCAGGUAAUGACAUCUCCCUAUAGCCGAGCAGCCUAGCUCCAUUCUGUCACUCAGUGUGUAUGUACAGGGGCUGGGGGGUUUCACUUAUUUCCUAUUAAUGUCUUUAGCUGGGGGCUGACCAUCAUGUUAAACCAGCCACAUGGCUGCCUGAGCCUCAUGGGAAUGAGAUAUAACUGCAUUACCCGGGGUAUGGCAGAAAUAAAAGCUCAUGGUGCUCUGCUAGCCCUAAGCAUCAUGGGAGUUGUAGUUCUGCAGGGGCUGGUGUGGAGCCCCCCUCCCUCUCCUGUAUGCAGUCAUUAUCCAUACCUGUAUGCAGUCAUUAUCCAUACCUGGUCUGUAGGUCUCCUGUAUGCAGUCAUUAUCCAUACCUGGUCUGUAGGUCUCCUGUAUGCAGUCAUUAUCCAUACCUGGUCUGUAGGUCUCCUGUAUGCAGUCAUUAUCCAUACCUGUAUGCAGUCAUUAUCCAUACCUGUAUGCAGUCAUUAUCCAUACCUGUAUGCAGUCAUUAUCCAUACCUGUAUGCAGUCAUUAUCCAUACCUGGUGUGUAGGUCUCCUGUAUGCAGUCAUUAUCCAUACCUGGCGUGUAGGUCUCCUGUAUGCAGUCAUUAUCCAUACCUGGCGUGUAGGUCUCCUGUAUGCAGUCAUUGUCCAUACCUGGCGUGUAGGUCUCCUGUAUGCAGUCAUUAUCCAUACCUGUAUGCAGUCAUUAUCCAUACCUGGUCUGUAGGUCUCCUGUAUGCAGUCAUUGUCUAUACCUGGUCUGUAGGUCUCCUGUAUGCAGUCAUUGUCCAUACCUGGCGUGUAGGUCUCCUGUAUGCAGUCAUUAUCCAUACCUGUAUGCAGUCAUUAUCCAUACCUGUAUGCAGUCAUUAUCCAUACCUGGUCGUGUAGGUCUCCUGUAUGCAGUCAUUAUCAUACCUGGCGUGUAGGUCUCCUGUAUGCAGUCAUUGUCCAUACCUGGCGUGUAGGUCUCCUGUAUGCAGUCAUUAUCCAUACCUGGCGUGUAGGUCUCCUGUAUGCAGUCAUUAUCCAUACCUGGCGUGUAGGUCUCCUGUAUGCAGUCAUUAUCCAUACCUGGCGUGUAGGUCUCCUGUAUGCAGUCAUUAUCCAUACCUGGUCUGUAGGUCUCCUGUAUGCAGUCAUUAUCCAUACCUGGUCUGUAGGUCUCCUGUAUGCAGUCAUUAUCCAUACCUGGCGUGUAGGUCUCCUGUAUGCAGUCAUCCAUACCUGGUGUGUAGGUCUCCUGUAUACAGUCAUUAUCCAUACCUGGUCUGUAGGUCUCCUGUAUGCAGUCAUUAUCCAUACCUGGCGUGUAGGUCUCCUGUAUGCAGUCAUCCAUACCUGGUGUGUAGGUCUCCUGUAUACAGUCAUUAUCCAUACCUGGUGUGUAGGUCUCCUGUAUGCAGUCAUUAUCCAUACCUGGUCUGUAGGUCUCCUGUAUGCAGUCAUUAUCCAUACCUGGCGUGUAGGUCUCCUGUAUGCAGUCAUCCAUACCUGGUGUGUAGGUCUCCUGUAUACAGUCAUUAUCCAUACCUGGUGUGUAGGUCUCCUGUAUGCAGUCAUUAUCCAUACCUGGUCUGUAGGUCUCCUGUAUGCAGUCAUUAUCCAUACCUGGUCUGUAGGUCUCCUGUAUGCAGUCAUUAUCCAUACCUGGUGUGUAAUGUUGUGGUCUGUGAUGGGUUAUCUAGUCUCAGUCCUCCAGCUGUCAGACUGAAAUUCCCAUAAUCCCAUGCACAAUUUCAGGAUUAUUAAUUACAAUGGGAAUUGUUACGAUCAGUCAAGGUAUUUUCAGGCAAAACUACUUUAUGUAAAUAUGGAGGCUAGUGGUACAGAAAAAGCGAGCAGUUAGAGCUAUAGAAUGGUGAUUUUCCUGUUUGUUUGUUUUUGUGUGUGUAAAAUGUAUUGAUCUGGUUUUUGCAUCAUCCCUUAAUAAUGGUAACAUGCAUGCCCACAAUGCCUUUAAUAUGUCUCUUAUCUCUUGUAUUUUCUUAUAUAUUCUAUUCCUCUGUAAAUAUCUUAGCAUUCAUGAUGGACGAGACAGAAGUAGCUGAAGCACGUUGUGUAUUUCGAGGGAUAGAACACAUACUGCGAAUCCGUGACACGGGGAACAGACUGGAGGUGGAAGUAGAAGAUGCUGUGACCACCGAUCAAUGGAGAGGGGAGUUUGAUGCUGAGUGUGAGUUUUACCAUGUAAAGUUGAAAUGUAUUCUUAACUUUGCUUGAAGUAUUUUUUUUAUUUUUUAUAGCAUACUAACAUUCUAUGGACAAAACUGGCCUUUUAAAACCGAUAUGUGAUCAGAUUUUUUUUUUAGGUGUAUUCAAUAUUAUUUUAUAUUAGUUUAUCAGAUUCAGACAUUGUUUAUUUAUAGACGCUUUUCUGUGCAUCCUAUUUCCUUGCAUAAUCCUCUAAUAAGUUAGUACUUUUAGUGAUGCUUUUUUAAUGAGCUAUUAUGCUCCAGUCUCAGACUGCACAGCUACCUGCAUGGGUGUGCCAUGUGUACCUGCAUCCUUUUCUGUCUGUACAGGACUACUCUGCAAUCAGGACAGAUUGUGAAAGACUGCAUGAAACACUGACAUUCUGAGCUGUAAAAACCACUAGAAGAAAUACAAAUCAUUUUCUAAAUAAUUGCUCAUCUGUACAUCUAAUAGUUGCUUGGCUAGCAAAAUGUGUGGAUUGUGUGACAAGAAGUUUAAAAUGUGGACUUGAGUACCUUUUAUUGAUCUGCUGGGCUGGAAUUUAGUUGAAUUACCAUGCUUCUCACUUAAAGGGUCUUUCUAAGCAGCAUCACAGCUAAGGUAGUGCAAAGGUAAUUGCACACAGAGUACCCCAAUCUUACUGUCAUACCUGCAAGUGGAUUAAAACUGCAGAAAUUUGUUAAAUAAAAAAAGAUGUACCUGCAGGUAUAAUGUUGCUUCUUAGAACUGUCAGUUAUCUGUAAUUACCAGUUCGAACUCUCCGAUAUCAAUUUUAUCUAAAUUAUGCAUAAAACUUACCUAGUGUCCUAUGGGUGCUGAUUUCCUUUGUUCUGCUGCUGGAAGCUCCAUCCAUUGGUCUAAAGCAAGUAGUGCAGGGUUUAGCUCAUUAGCUGGUGCUUCUAAACAAUGAGCUGGCUCUGCAUGGUAAGGCUUAGCUCAUUGGAACUAAUGGAAGCUCCUCGUAGAAGCUUCCUUCUCCUUCAGAGGCUGUGACCAGCGCUCCGCAGACUCCGGGUAAGUCGGCAUGCAUUUUGCAAACAGUUUAACUAAUUACCGUGUCAUUGCGCCUUGGCAUUCUUGGCAUCACGGAUUAAGGUGCUUGUAGUGUCCUUUUACUAUGCCUAUGAAAUAUGUUAUGACAAUAUAUCAUGUAGGCUACUUUACUCUCAUUAACCCGAAAUUGAAAAGAAUUGACUAGAGAAUUGCAUAUUCUUUGUAACAAAACAAAAAACCCUCUCCAAUCUGGCCUAUUUUUGUAUCCAAUUUGAAAUUCCUUUCUCAAUUCUCCACAAUAAUGUGUUGAGUGAAUAUUAAAAGCAUGUGUUUUCAUACUGUCUGAAAUGAUGGAGCCUAAUGGCAUAGAUAAACUGAAGACUCUGAAAGGACUGUAAGGUUGACUGUUGCCAGAAUUGGUUUGAUUUUUGCUUAUUGUGAACUUGGCGUUAUUAUAUUUCAUUGUCUUACAGUUAUAGAGGAUCUCACACACAAGACUGGAAACUUCAAGCAAUUUGCCAUCUUUUGCAACAUGCUACAUUCUGCCCUGACUCAGGUGAAAUUUAUGUCUUCUAUGAAAGUCCCUUGAUGGGUCAGUAAAUACCAUAUUUUAAGUCUUGAUUUGCCAAAGAGCACUAAAUGUGUAGCUUCUCCCCCAAGGGUAAAAAAACCAAACUCUUAACUCCUUCAUAUUUUGCGGAUACAUUUAUUUUCUUCUCCACACAGGCCAGCGAGUCGGUGACCCUUGACCUACUGACGUACGCAGACCUGGAAUUGCUACGCCACAGGAAAGUAGGAGGGACGUCUCGACAGGCUCCUCCCUCCAGAAGCUCUGCCCUUAGUUCAAAACGUUACCUGAUCCUCAUAUAUUCAGUGGAGUUUGACAGGUGAGCUUUAUCAUAGUAUAAGCUUAAAAGAUACCAGAAUUUUUUUAAAUGUAUUUUAUUAUUAUUAUUAUAAGAAUUCUUGCACUAUGUAAUAACAUUUUUAUAUGAAGUAUAUGUAAAAUGACCUGAAAAUCUGGCCUCUACUUUCAUAGAUCUCUAGAUCCCUCUGCAAUAUUCAAAUAUCUUUGGUCAGACUGAGCUAGAAUCCAACCAUUAGACUGUUGCUUCACACCCAGCACAGAGCAGUAUGUUCUUCUAAGUAGGACAGAGUUGCUGCAGUCCCUGUACAUAGUGAACACGGUCCUCUUUCCUUCCUAAGCAGCCUUUCAUUAUGCAGCAGCUCUACAAUAUACAGUCUGCUUCUAGUGAAUAUCUGCUUGUUUGAGCUCAUACAGUUAAAUAGCUCUGAUGGUUUGUCAUUGUUGAUUUUUGGAAACCAGCUUGUUCUGUCUUAUAAGUUUUUAUGGGUAGGUAAGUAUAUUAUUCUGGAGGAUUGCUAGUGGAUUGAGGACCUGUAGCCUUUUUUAUUUGGUGGGGUGAACAAUAUGUGCCCCUCCCUCCGAUCUAAUCUAUAAUCAAUUGGGGUCCCCACCCACCAGCAUGGGUAAGGCCGGGUAGAAGAUAAGAAGAGGUGGGGGCAUAUGGAGGUAAAAUGCAUCCAUUAUAGCAAUAUAGGGGUCUCAUCGGGGAACAUUCAGUUCCUCCAUGCAGAGUGUGUAGUCGCUGAUCAACAAAAAUGAAACUGUAGUGGUUCUGGUGACUAUAGUAUCGCCUUAAGGCAAAUAACAAUGUAUCUUUUCCUGUCAUUUGACUAUUAUUUAAGCCUAACUUGCUGUUUAGUCUUUACAUAUGUAGGUUCAAUACUCUGAGGUGGUGUGAGAGAAUGCAAUGCUAAACUCGGAUUAGCUGAGAUUUAAACAGAAAUCAUCAUUUUAAUAAAAUCCCCUUAGUAACAACUGCCUGUCAUCAAGCAGACAACCGGAUAGUUUCUCGCCUCACUUGCUUUGAACUAUAAUUCACAGCAGUAGUGGAUGUUUCUUAUAGAGAAGCACUGGUUUCAAUGCUUCUCCGAGAAGCAUUGUUGGUGUGACAGUAUUUCUCUGUAAGAACCAUUUCUCAGUAAUGACUUAACAGAAGAAGGAUUGGAGCUGCAGUGAGGAGACUCUAGGUCUAGGAACUGGAGUGCAAGUUCAAUUCGAACCCUUUUGAUAUUUAAAUGAGGGGUUCAGGAAUUUUAAGGGACAGAAGCAACAUUGUGUGGCUGAAACGUUGUCAUGACUGUUUGACAAAAUACGAGAGUAUUGCAGAAUGCAAUGAUACCUUUUUUAUUGGACGAACGUAAUAUUUCAAGACCAUGAAUUUGUUAUUGAAUUAAUUUACAUAUUAUGUUAGUCCAAUAUAAAAGGUAUUGCAUACUGCAAUAUACACAUUCAUUUUUUUCUUUUCUCUUGCUCUGUUGUCGCCUUGCAUGUGACUUGUAUCUAGUAUGCAGUGUUCGGUGCCAUGCUGCGUUUAGGCUUUGAGAAAAUGCACCCACUUGUAUCCCUUAUAAUAAAACCUUGAAAUCCAUGGCCACUUCUGAAUGAAAGACUUCAUGUGUGCUUUUAUGAAACCGUGUUUGUGUGAAGAUGCAUAAAAAAAGAGAAAAAUCUCCAAACUAGUCUGUGUGUUUAUCUGCAGGAUACAUUACCCCCUCCCUUUGCCAUAUGUUGGAAAGCCAGAUCCAGUCUACCUGCGCCAAGUGAUCAGAGGUUUGAAGGAAGAACUAGCGUCUUUGAGAGCUGCACAAGGAGGGGAAACCAUGGCGAGUGAAAUUCGGCAUUUACGAGAAGAGUGAGUGUCUGCAAAAAAUAUAAAGACCAUGAAAGUGUUAUUGAAUGAAUUUCCAUUUUCAGUUUACACUAUCGUGUUUCCAAAUAUUAGGCUUCAAAUGAUGAAGGAGGAGAAAAGGGAGGCAGAGCUUGCGUUGGAAAGGCUGCAGGAACUCUCUGUUCCCAAUGAGAAAGAGGCAAAUCAUACCCGAAUACUCAAGAGGGCGUUACAGACCCUGGAGACAGACCUACAUAAAGAGAAAAUGAAGAACCAGCGAGUGGCCAGUAAGAGACGGGAAGAGUGCAGGCAGUUAACAGAGCAGGUACACGCCAUAGGACCUUACUGACCAGGAGAUCUUGUAUCUUGUCAACCUCCAAGCAUAUUAAGCUUGUACUAAAAUUCACCAUAAGAAUGGCUAAUUAAAGGAACACUCCUUCCACCAUAACCUUUUCAACAUGUUGUUGUAGUGGUUAUGAUGACACGAGUCCCCUGGCUUUCUUCAAGUUGAUGUAGUUGAACCGUUAAUGGUUUUAAUGUGUUCCGGUCACUUUUGCUAGUGAGAACUGUUGGCUCUCCUGAGGUAAGCUCUGCACUCCAGGGACCGGCAGAUCUCCGGGAAGAUUAAUCGUUGGUGAACCAUAAUCACUACAGCGCGCUUGGAGUGUUCCUUCAAUAAUUUAUUUCAGAAACUAGUGAGAAUGUGAUGUCUUUUAAGUGCUUAUGCUAGCAAGUUGUAUGAAUAUUUGUAGGUUUUUCCUGACAUUUCAUCCACUGAUUAGGAGUGUUAUAAUUCAUUAACACAAAAUAAUAUUGCUUAUAAUACAUUAUGAAAAUUGGUAAAAAUAUUCUCCUCUUGAAUCAGUUUUUUAAAUUUAAUCUUUCAAUGGAUUUUGUAAUAGAUGGUGUACAGAGUACAUGCUGUAACUUCUAAAAUGGUAAAGGAAAGUACACUCUUGACUCGUCUUGGGUUACAGUAAAUUUUACAUUAUUUUACAUCUACCGGCACAUUUCAAGCUUUUCCCAAAGACUCUUACUGACUGUUACUGCCACCAAAAUGUAAGCAUAUAGUAUUUCCAAAGGAGAGGGCAGCACUCUGGCACAUUAACAGUGUUGGUUAAAGGUGUGAUAUCGAGAGACUUGCUCUGGGUCCUUGCCAUGCAAAAAUAGAAAAGGGAACCACAACAGUUCCAAAUAGAUUUUAAAGGGAAACUAUAGUUGCAGCAAAACAAAGUUGUUGUUAUAGCUCCCUAUAGCGCUCCCCUUGCCAUGGUGCAGAUAAAAACCCCUUCUGUCACUUAACGGAGUCCAGCGCUUAUGUCCCUCUCUGCUGGUUCGAGCUCCACCUCUGUUCUCUGAGCAUUAGCACCUUUGCAUUUUUGCUACGUGAAGUACGCUUCCCACAAUAUUCAGGAAGCCCCUAGACCCCUAGUGAUAGGCAACCAUCAGAACUCCAGAUAUUGUCUAUUAGGUCUCCCCUAAUGCAUUGGCAACGUUAUGGGAGGUAUAGUCCACAUCACACAGAGUGAAUGACUGGGGAAUUUAGAAGCAUCGUUCAUAAAUACCUUUAUUAUAUUUACCAUCUGCUGACUUGUAUUUUUUUUUUUUCUCUCUCCCGUCAUCUCUCCCGUUUUCCUCCUCUGUUUAGCUGGAGGAAUCUCGAGCUAUAGAACGUACCCUUCGGUUGAAGGUGAAGAGCUUAACCACUGAACUAGCAAUGUACAAAAGAGGGUGAGGAAACAUUAUUAGACUUUAGCAAGACAUGAUUCCUUUUUAAGUUGUCUUUUCAUCUCAUUCUAAUUGGACAAUAACCGGGUUCUUCACCAUAGUGAGACUUCAGAGUGAAUUUCAAAUAUAAGGUAAAAAUAGCCGAACUAGAAACAUUCUCUAAAUCAGCUAUGUUUCCAUUUCACACCCACAGACGAGUGACACCUACUGGACCAUCUCCACAGGGUCGCUCUAGCUCUGCCAACCGGGGCCCUCCCCAGCGAACUGCUUCCCGUGGAGAAAAGCCAUUGCGGAGGGACAGAUCUACAUCAUGUGACCGUAGUGGUAGGAGCUCGGGAGAGGGGAGGAAUCUGAUUAGAGCAGCAAGGUUGUCUCCCUCUCCAGUAGGUAAGUGUUCUGAUUAGUGUAAUUCCUAAUAAUAUGUAAAUUGUAUGAAACCUGUCUGAAUGUUGUUUUGUUGGUACAAACGGCUUUUUAAACAACCAUUUUCACCAAUGUCUCUGGUCACAAGACCCAUCUGUAUUCACAAGUUUUCCUUUAACUACUAUAAUCUCUACAUGUUCUCUGUCCUUUUCACUAGAAAAGAUGAGUGCCUUAUAAAAUGUGGAAAUCAGAGUAACAAAAUGUAUUUGGUAAGGUGCAUUGAGGGCUUAUUAAAUUGGUGGCCUUAAUCUCCCUAAUGCCGAGGAGUACAGUUUGGCAGCCCAACCCAGGCAUGCAUUGGACUGGUUAGAGAAUUAGUUUUUUGGCUUGCCAAUUUGAAUCUUUCUUAGCCUUGCCAGACUCUCUGCCAGCCUUACCUCAACCACCUCACUUCCAAAUAAUAUUGUCUCAUUCUCUCUUAAGAGUAAUGAUGGAAGCUCCACAUGGUGAGUGACCAGAACUCAUAUUGUUAAUGAUUGUCACUUCUCAAGGCACUAAACUUAGAAGAUGACCCAUGGGUGCUGCCUUAUAAUAUCCCUUGCAUGGCAUAAUCCGAUACAUGGACAAAUGUCUCCAUUUUAUAUUACUGCACAGUAUGGGGUAAUGGUGGCGCUACAUCCAUGAUCCACCGCAAUUCUUUUUAACACUUUCCAACUUGGCAUGUGUUCACAGACACUUGACUUUCUACAGCAAGCAUGUCAAAAUCAAAGGCUAACACAGGCCAAAUAAAUAAGGUUUAAAUGUAUGUGGGCCGCAAAAAAACAAAAACUUCAGUUUUCAUUGAAAUGUACAGUAUAAAAAAAAAGUUGCCUAACUGACACAGAACAUCCUCACGCUCAUAGGGCUUCAAAGUAAACAAAAGAGCAAAUUUAUUUUAAGGAGAUAUUUAUUUGCAUAUAACUGUUUCAGUCCAACUACCUUGACAUAUUAAGAAAAGUUUGGUAAUGGGACUGAAAUGGUGAAUGUAUGCUCUUGCACAGCUGUAAAAAAACAAAUUAUGUUAUCUUGUUUAUUUUGAAGUCCUAUGAAUGUGUUCUUCACUUUGGCUGGGUUCAUCAAACUUGAUGAUCUCAGCCAAUCCAAUGCUUUCAAAUAGGAAAGCAUUGGGAGGCUAUUGUGCAAGUGUGGUAAAAAGCUACGUGGCCAAACACCAUCUGUAUGGGGAGCGUUCAGCGCCUCCAUGCAGACCCAAUCUAAUACACUGCCCCCUCCCCGCAUUAGUAUGUGCUUCACAAUCUAUCUGCUCGAAAAUUUCAUACUGGUACAUUAUUUGGUGGUCUUCUGAAUAAGAUGAUGCACAUCCCAUGCAUUCUACAAUCGUUUGAAUAGAGUAUAGAGUUUACCUUCAAUAGUAAAAUCUUUGGUUAAAUAUAGAAAAUGACGUAACUGGAAGGGCCUAUUUUUAAAGUUUGUUUUUUAGUUCACCAAAAUUCUAGGUUUAGUGAAUAAACCCUUCACGUUUGCAGCUAAGUUUCAGUGCACCACUGUUCCCUGUUUACUGAAUAAACCUCACUGUCCUUAAUAAGCCUUUGUGAGGACUUCUAUUGAGAAAGAGAUGUUUGAUAAAUUGCAGGAGACCUAUACAUAGCUCCCAAGGUCUGUAAAUACUAUAAAAUUUAAAAAUUGUCCUGCUUGACCAACAUGAGUACGUGACUUGGAUCAUUAAAUGUUUUAUUUUAUAUAUAUUUUUGUUUAUUUUUUUUGCGGCGCAUUUUACACCUCCUCCCCAAGGCAGUAGCAACCCUCUUUUGAAAAACAGGGACCAGCUUAGUUUUUCCCUUGACGUGCGUGAGCAAACUGCAUUGAAUGUGUUUUGUAUUCAUUUGCAACUUAACCAAUUAAGAAUGAUUACAUUGUAUACACAAUGCAAACCAAUAAAAUGAGACAGCUACACACCGUAAAUAAGAAGCCCCAUAACGUAUCUAAUUCGUCACAUCUUCAUCAGGUCCAGGUUGUAUACUGGUAAUGCAGCUGCAAAGUCCUGAUAACUGGAUGAUAUCAUCUGGAAGGGUAACACUAGAUUGCAGGCUUGCUGGCAUUGUCCUUGCUGUGUGGGAGGCCUAAUGACCUGUGCAUAUGAUUGGCUUGCUUAUUUCUUGGGUUCUAUUCAUUCUGUAUUGAUGAGUCAGUGCUAUAAAUAUUUAGUUUUUGAAUAAAUUGACAGUCAUUUCAGCUCUUGGAUUUACGAAUUAACGAAACGUACAACUCUUGUUAAAGAUUUGUUUUAGAAAACUAGUGUGUCAUGGUAGAAUAAAGUUGCCACUCUUCUGUGUCGUAGGUCUUCGUCCUCCAAGGUUUGAUCCGACUGCCUUUGUGAAAGACCGUGAGCGCAAGCAAAGGGAGGUGGAACAAAAGAAGUAAGAAAUUAUCCUUCUAAAAUACCCCACCCCCCACCAUUGUCACAGGCUUGAAGUAAAAACUGUGUGCCUAUUUCCCCCAGUACCAGGGUGCGCAGAGUUUCUGGGUCCCCAUCCACUUUAAGAGGACAGAGACGCAGCUCAUCAGGUGAGUCUUCUACCUUUCCAGCUCUUAUUUAUGUUUUAUCUUUCUUCAAUGUAAAGUCCUCGAGUGUGUCUCUCAAUACAUUUAGAGUUUGAAGCUGUCUCUCCAAAUUUAGGUUUAAAUGCCUGAGUUUAGCUGCCCAGAUUAUGGUUUGAAGUGUUGUCUUUUCUGAUUUUUAGACUACAUUGUUGGGACUAUCUCUCAGCAGCAUUGGUUAGAGUUUGCGGCCUUUCUGCAGUCAGGUUAAGACUGUGCAGAACCUUUUCUCUUGGCGCACAAUUCAUAAAAAAACUUUCUAUGUUCCAGUUGAGAGUCUGCGAAGCCGCCGUUCAUAUCAAAGCUCAGGUGAUGAAAUGGAGGACACCGAGCCACUUGCCAGCAGGUAAUAACUGAGGGGGGAGGGAGGGGGGGGGGGAAACCUUUACUGGUUUAUGUAAUAACAUUUUCUGAAAUUCUUGUCUGGAAGCCGAUUUGGGUUUGAGCAUUAGAAAAAGGUUUAAGGGUAAGGGCUUUGGUUGAACAUGUUCUGCGCUCAAUGCACUGAACACAUGGCUAGAGCUAAAGUGCUCCUGACUUUUUACCCCAAAUAUCUCUAAUCCGGUCCAAUGCCUGGAAUAGCAGUAAGCACAUGUUCAAGGCAGUUUUCAUUAAACUGUGUAGGUGACAAAUGCACUUUAAUUACUUGUUACACCCAUGUUUUUUUUCCACAUGAGCAAGUAUUAUAAAGCAUAUUAUAUUCUUCAAGCUGUAUUGUACAAUAAAUAGCCUCCACAGGUGUUAGCAGUACAAGCCUACCUAAUGUUAUUUGCCACUGUCUGUAAUUAUCGGCAUAUUUCACAUAAAAUCAUUAUAUUGGGUUAUGGGCAAAUCCAUGGUUGACCAAAGUUGAUCUGGUCACCUGUUGGACUGAAUUCCCCAUAAUUCUUAGCUGGCUGUUGGAAACACCAAAUUUUAGUGUUCAAAAUGGAUUAACGGUUUGUGGACAUUUUACAAGAGAUAACAUUACUUCUAAUGAUUAGCAUACAUUUCCCCCUCCCGUCAAAAGUUGUCUUGAGGUCAGAGAAUGGCACAUAACUGUGCCACCUUUUCAUAAAUAUAAUGCAUAGUCUAACUACUCCUAUCACUAGUUUAGAGAAGUGAAAGAAGAAAAUGAAUUUUGAAAAUGUGUUAGGAACUGGAUGAAAGAGAGUUAAUUGGUUUAGAGUCUUUGAGUUUUGCUGGUCAAAUGGCAGAGUUUUUGUGGCACCCCACCAACCUCUCGAGUCUUUUUGUAUUUCCUAAUUAGUCCUGUUGCUGAGCAGAAGUGGUGUGUUUUUAGUCUCCAUGUUCAUUUUGAAUUCUAAGCUUGGCAUGUUUAUAGUCUACUGCAGAAGCCGGAUGGUGACCAAUUCUGUGUGUUGAUGAUGUAAAAGCUCCUGCAAAGUUUGGGCAGAAGAGCGUACUGAGGAAAGCCAGAAGAUAUUUUAGUCAAUCCAUUAGCUGAGGAAGCCCUUUUGUUUGCUGAUAUUUGUGAUUUAAGAGGAUCCCAACCCAGUCCUCAAGUACCCUCUAACAGUCCAGGAUUCAGGAAUUACCCAGUUGUGUCUAAUGUGUUUUUUAGAAAAACAAAAACACUUUAGACACAACCAGGUAAUCCCUUAAUCCUGGACUAAUAGGGGGAACUUGAGUACUGGGUUGGGAACCACUGACUUGGAGGGAUUCUCAGGUCUGGCAGAGUGUGAAACUAGGCAAGGGAAGAGUGGAACAAGUAUAUAGUAUAGUAAGUCAAAUACAGGUUAGAGGAGAAAAGAGAUUCACUUACAAUGUAUAGUUCUAUCUUAGCGCUUGGGCAGUUUAACCCCUGACUGAGGAUGUGAGGUGUAUCUCUUGAUCCAAUGAGGGGUGGUCCGAAGAUUAUGAAAUACAAACAGAAUGGAUACCAAUAUAGUGUAGUAUAUUUGGUGUCAUAGAUGAGGGUGAUAUUAUAUGUGGAUAUGCACUCACAUUCUAUGUAGCCUAAAGAUGGCUCUGAAUACAUUUCGUGAAGUGGUAUAAUCCACACUCUUGGAUAUGUUGGUGGUAGUGAUCCUCACGAUGAUGAUGUGUGGAUAAAAAAAAUAAAACUAAACUGGGGGCGGAGCUAAGCUAUUGAACGGAACGGUCGCAUGCCUAAUGUGCUCCGACACCAGAGGCCUGUUUUUCGAAUUUUCAGCGGCCCCAGAUACCGACAAACGGACCCCACCUGGACCCCCAGGCAGACCACACCGGCAUGGGCCGAAAAAUAAAAAAACAGAGGCCGGACAAGCCGAAACCAGGGGCGAGCAUCGGAGACUUAUGGCGGCAGGCGCAUGGCGCCUCAAUGCCCAAAAUGGCGGCCUACAUGGAGGAGAGCUCCGACUUCUCUGACGACCAUAGUUUGGAGCCCCGGGAUCUACAACCUCCAGCUCCGAGAGAACUAAACCGGAACACGGUACCCGCAACCUUACAACCGGAGUCAUCACCAGUCACCAAAGCCGACAUGCAGGAGCUGCUGGCAGGCCUGCGGAGAGACAUCCAAAUGGAUUUGGCGACUUUCCGCAAAGACCUACAGGGUUUGACUGGCCGCAUGGGUACCCUGGAAACUGACACCCACAAUGCGAAGGCACAACUUACCCAACUACAGCAAGAGGUGCAGACACUGCAAAAACAACAUACCGCCACGGAACAGCGGUUUGCAGCACUGGAGGACUCCAGGCGAAGCAAAAACCUUAAGAUCAGGGGAGUAGCAGAAACAGUCCCCGACGCGGAGCUACCGCAUCUGAUAAGACGUCUACUAACGGCGGUAUUGCCCUCUAAACAGGCGAAAUCGGUGUCACCCGAAGAAAUAUUCCGGAUCCCGAGACCACAAAAAGCACCAGCCACAGCUCCGCGUGACCUGAUUGUCCGAUUUCAAUCAGGGCAAGACAAAGCAGCAGUCAUGGGGGCACUAAAAGGAAAGACCCCCUACAACUUUGAGAACUUACUACUCACGUUUUACACUGACUUAUCAGGAAGCACCCUGGCGUGGCGCAAAACACUACAGCCUUUCACGCUGCUUCUCCGCGAACGGAGCAUAUCAUACAGAUGGAGAGGAUCCCGCACUCUAGCCGUCCUCCAAGGUAACAUCUCUUACCCUGUCCAAGACCUCGAAGGGGCGGUGGCCAUCUUAGAGACCCUGGGCCUUCCACAAGACUCCCUACACAACAGAGGAGCAGGGACAGGGGCCGCAACGCAUGUCUGGGACCCGGCCGGCGCAGCUCCAUUUGUACCACGCAAUUCCGCAGAAGACACCUACAGAACGGCCACAACCUGAACUCUAAUCACUAAUCUCUACAGAGAAUCACACACCAACCUUCCAGCUUAACAGAGACUUUUUCCCCUUUUUUUUUUUUUUCUCCCCUGACCUCACUCACGUUAGUCCAUACUGAACCCAGGCACUACCAUCUCAGGACGGUCGGGGGCAAGAGGGCCUAUAUCCCCCAUGCUUACCUGGAUGUUGCUGGGAUCCAACCCCCGUCGGUCGCUCUGACCGUCAGCACGGACUUUAGGUCAAUAGACUUGGGCCUCAUCGGCUGAUCCAGCAGGGAUUUGGACUCAAUAGCAGGCAUAGUACUCGCUGUAACCCAGCCUCAUAUGCCCCAAAUGAACUCCCACGAAUCUCGGUUAACAAUGUUAUUUUCUUCCCAGUUUAAAGUGCGGUGUGUGUUUGUUUUUGGGUUUUUUUAUGCUGCCAACGUUAGCCCUUGAAAAGCAUCGCACAGACAGCUUAUUGUUUAGAAUGAUUAUUAAUCUUAGCAUGCAAAUACAUUGAGAGCCCCGGUAUAGCGUAAUGUUUAAACCUGUAAGCAUAUGAGAAAGGUCUCCUUUUACGCAACAUAUGCAUCUCCCAUUUAUGUUUGCAUGUAAUACUAUACUCGGGCCACAGGGCCGCACUACUCAACCCAGGGAUGGCCUCCACCUUAAUGAGGAGACCGAGUGGUGUCUUAUGGUAAUCUACGUAUUGCUAAUAUGAUUGAAGGAAUAUAGCCAUGGGGGUCAACUGUAUUAACUAUCAGUUUAGCUAACUAAUUUACUCACCCACUUAUUAGAUUUAAUCACCAAUUUACAGGUCUGCUAAUAUGUUGUUCUAAAUUGAAUGUCUUGUUUUAUAAGCAGACCUGUAGGUUUCAGCAUCCAUCUCACUACUGUAGUAUAUAGCGAAAUGACGCCAAGAUACUCACAUACUACGCUACAAUGCAGUGAAACAAGGUCUAGCCUGUAAUCGAGCUUGUUUUGUUUUUGUUUUUUUGUUUUUUUCUAUCAUUACAAAAAUGUGCACACACACAAGCCACUGCCAAGCUAUUGAGCAUGUUUUUGUACGCUGUUGUGGCGUUUGCCGAUGUUAUGUACCAAUCUGCACAAUCAAAAUAAAGAAUAAAAAAAUAAAUAAAUAAAAAAAUUAAAAAAAAUAAACUAUAGUGCACACUGUAAUUUAAAAAAAGUGUAAAAUAACUGGAAAUUUGCUCACAAGUGUGAAACAAAAACGGAUUGUUGCUCAAUCUUCAACGUGUAAGUGGUAUGUUCCCUACCAAGGAGUUUAAUGUCUAGGGAUCAGGAACAAAACAGGAUGGUCGAGGCAUAUGAGAGAUCCACUAGCACCAAUUCUAAUUAUGUACCAAAACACAUUAUGUGUUUGUUUGUUUUUUUUGUUUUGUUUUUGUGUUAAGGUGCCUCACUUCUUUCUCUUAGUGGCUCUGUUACAUGGAGCCUUAGCGCUAUUGCUCUUUCUUUCCUUUGUACACAUCCUAUAAUCCUGUGCACAAGAACUACAAAUUAAGAUGGUCAAAUAAAAGAAAUCCAUUAGUUUUAUUAGAAGUAUCUUAAAAGUACAUAAAACACAAUAAAAUAUAGCACAAGCUUGUUUGAUCACAUUAAAUUAACUUUAUCAAAGGUACACUACAAGAAGUAUUCAACUCACCACACUCUAUAGAUGUUCCACUGUUGUCUUGUCUUGUUUCAUACUUGGACGCAAUGAGGAUCUCUCUAGGCGCUGCUCCCUUCAUUAUAUGUCCAUUUCCUACCUCUGACCAGAAUAGAGGGACUCUGAUUUCGGUUGUCCCAGCUGCCUUCAUCUGUACACUGCUAGUGCUAGAAACUUGCAUUUCUUUUUUUCUACAAGUAGUUUUCAGCAGCUUUGUUAUGGGAGAGUUUUGUCGAUUGAUAGGAUACCAAUAUUUCAUUGUAUCCUGUAUGUGUUUUUCUAGUAGGAAAGCAGAUUCACUGAGCUAGAGUAUAAUUUAUUUUUGUUGUUUCUCUUUGUACCCUCUCCAGUGGGGACAGACGGACGGCAACACGUGGGAGAAGACCAUUUGCACCAUCGUCCUGGAACUCUCGCAGCAGAGUAAGUUCACUAACAAGGGUUUAUUGAGUUUUAGAAUUUCCUCAACUUUUGAUCCUUGGGUAAACUUUCUUAACUUUUUUACAUUCCCUAUUAUCCGUGAAUUUACCAGGGAACAAGAGAAAAGUCAUCUGAAAAAAAGCGGCUCUCCAGUACACCUACUUACGACCGGAAAACUGAGAAAGGUAGCUUAAUUAUCAUAUCCAUAAUGCUUUGUUGUGUAUUCCUUACCCUAUAUUUAUUAUCUCUCAUGACUGAUCUGUAAUCUAUUUUAUGCUAUACAGAAAACCGUUUUGACGCAAUCUCAGACCUCUCAGACAUUGAUGCCCGGCUACAGGCACUGCAAGAUUACAUGAAGAACCUGGACACUCGAACGUAA